CCAUGGGAUUUUUUUCUCUAAUUGGUAACCUCUUUGCUUCUCUAAUGCAAGUUACUUCUGACUGCGAAAUCAAGCCAAGGAGAAGAACACCAACACAAAGACAGCACCCAAGCGAGGAGAAGAACACAAACGACUUUAAAUCAACCUUUAUUCUUCCAGCAGCAGCACAACUACAACGGCAAGAGUUAAACAAACACACUGAUGCUGAAACAUCUCAAUCAACUCAAAACACACAAAUGCAUACAUCUUGGAAGGAUGACAUAUUCUCUAAAGUUCAAGGACUUGAGAAAAGAGGGCGUGUUCGCUGCAUGGGCAAGAUGCCAAAAUGUAAAAAAUCAAAAGUUUCUUUAUCUAAACAUGAAGAGCUAAGUCAUCGAGUGAAUUAUUUGGAAAACUUGUUGACAAGUUUUGUGUCCGCGGUUCAAAAUCGUUUACCUGGAGAAGAGUUUAAUGAUAUUGCAAGACAGGUUGCAGAUACUUCGCGUGCUCGUGACCAUUUGAAUUCUCCAAGUUCAAGCUCCAAUGAAGAUAGUGAAUAUGAUGAAAUUAUUAGGAAGCGGCUACUUUGUCCUUGGAGAUUAAACAUGCAUAUGAUUUUGUGGAACCUUUAGGAUUUAUAAUUAAGUUGAGAUUUCGUCUUCUGAAUUGUUUUGAUUGAAAAACUACUUAUGUGCGUACUUUAUAUUACUAUGGUACUUUUUGGUGGUGAUGAUCCAUUAUGUUGUAUUGUGAUGUUUCCAAGACAAUGAUAAUUUUUAUGUGAUAUGGUUGUGUAUAGAACAACCAUUUUAAU